AUGUACACACCAAACAUAGCUGCAGUUGCAGCUCUAAGUUACGCAACGACAUGUCUUGCAGAUCCAGGCUACCUGGUCUUGGAUUUUCACAAAAGAGCCGCUGUCGAGCGACGACUAGUACGGAGACAAGCCGGAAGUGACAGCUUCGUUGGGGAACUCAUACAAAAUACCAACAAGCUGGAGUAUCUCAUCAAUAUCACCCUGGGCACGCCUCCCCAGCCACUUGCUGUCACACUCGACACGGGAAGCUCAGACCUCUGGGUUCCAGCAACUUCAAAUGAGAAUUGUGUCAAGAAGGAAUGCGAUGGAGGUUCCUUCGAUUCCGAGAAAUCGAGUACUUACCAAUUGAUACAGGAAGGUACAUUCAAUAUCACCUAUGCUGCUCCUGGAGAUAGUGACGCCGGUGACUGGGCAAGUGAUACUCUUAUCAUCGGAAAUUCCCCUGGCAUCCAAAAUCAACAGAUCGGAGUUGCGGUAGCGGGCUUCGACCCCCAUGGAGUGAUGGGUAUCGGAUACGACAUAAAUGAGUCAGGAACGGCGCCUAACGGAACAUAUCCAUCUGUCAUGGACAACUUGGUGGAUCAAGGGAUCAUUGCACGGAAGGCCUACAGCCUGUAUCUGAAUGACCUGGAGUCAAAUCGAGGUUCAGUCAUCUUUGGCGGGAUCGACACCACCAAGUAUACUGGUGACCUGGUGGCUCUUCCCUUCCAGGCAGACGCAGAUCAAACCGCCAUCAGCGAGUUCCUCGUAACACUUACUCGUGUAUCUUUCACCGAUUCAUCCGGGAAGACAACCAGACUAUCACCUGAAGGAUAUGCACAGGCUGCAUUGCUAGACUCGGGCACCUCAAGCACUCUGCUCAACACAGAUGUGUUUGAUGCUCUCGCGGAUGGGUUUGGAGCCGUCGAUGUGGGCGAAUCAACCUUCGUGGUUCCAUGCAGCUUCGCUGAAUUGAAUGGCACCAUUGAUUACACCUUUGGUGGUGAGGGUGGCCCAACGAUCAAAGUCCCAAUCAAUCAGAUUAUCGGCCAACAGGUAUUUGAUUCCACGCAAUUUGAUGAUCCGUCUGGCGCUUGCGACUUUGGAUUUGGCCCUCCCAUUGUUGGCACAGUCAUUUUGGGAGACACCUUCCUCCGGAAUGCCUACGCUGUGUUCGACCUCGACAACAACAUGGGAGCUCUCGCACAGGCUGUGGUGGAGAAGACAGACACUUCAAGCAUAGUCAUCAUUCCUAGUGGUACAGAAAUACCAGGGGCCAGCGUAACAGCCUCAUUACCGGGUACUCCUCUCAACGCUGCGCAAGCAACAGAGGCCCCAGCAGUUCCAACAGCAAGUGUUGAGGGUACGACUUUAAUUUUGACCGGGACGCCGACUUUCAGCCUCGGCCAACCAACAGGGACAUUAAGUUCUGGAGGGUCCCAAGCAACAUCGACCUCGUCCGCAGGUGCGAAUGCAGCAGCUCCCACUGCGGCACUGCUGGGCUUGGGCUUGGUGGCAGGCGUUAUGAUUCUUUAA